AUGGACCGCAACUCUGUUCGCCGUAUGCGUUAUGCUAAGAUGGACAAGGGGAAAAAGGAUGCCUUGUUGCAGCGUAGGCGAGAUGCCUACGCGGAAAAAAAAUGUACUGGCCAUUCUUCUGCUACUGACGCUCUCGGUGCAUCUCAGUUAGAGCAAUGUGUGCACUAUAAAAAAGAUCCUUUGUCUACUUCACAACAAGUGGAUUCAUUUGUUUCCGUCUCUGAUUCUUUUGCUCAAGAUAUCCGACUACCUUCUCAUACUACUCCUCCUACCGUUCGUCAAAAAAAGGUAUAUAAAAGUAGGCAAAGCAAACGCAUGCCCGGUGCCUCAAAAGGUUUGCAGGAAUCAGGUGCUUUCCCGUCUGCCGCAGGAACUCUCCCCCCUGAUAACCAUGUACUUGUCAACAGUGAUGAUGCGUUAGCUGACAUGCUUGAUGCUACCGCAAACAAACUGGCUUCUAAGCUUAACCCGCAAUCAUCGUCUGUUGAACCAUCUCCUUCUAUGAUUCUUCAGGCUGUGUCUUCACUGUCACAAGCUCUUUCUGUUCCUCCUAUAGAAGAAGGCACCUGUGUUAUUGACUUAGGUAGAGCGGAAUCAUCUGGUGUUGCAAACAAUGCACAAAUCCUUGUUAGUACACAUGCUCUUAAAGAAGGGAGAAAAAGAAAAACUAGGCGCACCGCGUACUCUCGCUUGGAAAAGAUCCCUGAACAUUCUAUUGCUUUGCCAAAUGCUCCAAACUGUCAACAUUGUGGAGCAAAGAGAUUUCACUUGGAACCUCCAAAAUUCUGUUGCGCGGGUGGUGACGUUUCUGUUGUUGUGCCCGUCAUGCCUUAUAGUCUUUAUCGUCUUUUUUCUGGUACAGAUGAAGAGUGUGUUGAGUUUCGCAAACACAUCCGUACUUAUAACAAUAAUGUCGCCUUCACUACUUUUGGUGCAAAGUAUGACCAUGAUCUUACAAAGAACACCAAAGGAGUUUAUACCUUUCGCGUUCAAGGUCAGGUUUAUCAUUUGUUAGAUAGCUUAAUCUCCUCCGGCAAGCAACCUACAGGCAUACAGUUAUAUUUUUUUGAUGAGGAGGAAGAGCUAUCUACGAGGCUUCGUAAUUCCCCUAGGCUUCGUGAGAGUACUAUGAAGCUCUUAAUGCGUAUUCUUGAGUCUAAUCCUUACACUAGAUUCUUUAAGAGCUUGCGGGAUGUGGCAGAUCUGGAAAAUCACAAGAUUGUUCUUAACUCCAAUCCUAGCUUAGAUCAAAGGGUCUAUAAUCUACCAACCUCAUCCCAAGUUGCUGCAAUCUGGACAGAAUCUGAGGGCGAGUCGCUUGAAAAAGGUCCACAAAUUCAGUAUCCUCUCCUAUUUCCUCACGGUGAGUGUGGUUGGCGUCAUGGGAUACUAAGAAAUUGUGACUCAAGUAAACGAAAACGUGAUGCUUCUGAUGAUGCCAAUGUAAUUGAUGCUUCUUCAAUACGGACUGCCUCAGAUUUGAUUCGCAUGGAACAGGAAGCUUCUGAAAACGGCAGAAAAGAACGCCGCACUGUUUCUGCCCGAGAGUAUUAUUGUUACUUACUCCAGAUGAGAGAAAACGAUCGUUCCAUGUUAUUGCAUGCAAGGAGGCUCUUACAACAGUUUGUUGUUGAUGUCUAUGUAAAAAUUGAAACAUCUAGGCUUGAUUUCCAUAGGAAAAAACAGAAUGACGUUAGGACAGAAAUUCUACAGGGUGUUAUAGAUAGUAUAUCUGUGGGUCAGCGGCAAGGAAGCCAGGUUGGUCGGAGAGUGUACCUUCCAGCUUCGUUUAUUGGAGGUCCAAGGGACAUGCGACGGCGUUACAUAGACGCUAUGGCUUUGGUUCAAAAGUAUGGCAGACCAGAUAUUUUUAUUACUAUGACUUGUAAUACUAACUGGAAGGAGAUUCAGGAAAAUCUAAAGUAUGGAGAAGAUGCACAGGAUAGGCCUGAUUUGGUGUCCAGAGUUUUUAGAGCAAAAUUCGAAAUGCUUAAAUCUGAGAUACUAAAGAAAAAGAUCUUUGGAGAGGUCCAGGCUCUUGUUUAUGUUAUUGAGUUUCAGAAGAGAGGUCUACCUCAUGCUCACUUGCUCCUGAUUCUUAAGCAUGAAUAUAAGCCGUUGAAUCCUGAGGCUUACGAUCAAAUUGUUUCUGCUGAGAUUCCGGAUCCUGAUAAGCAGAGAUACCUGUAUUCACUUGUCAUCAAACACAUGAUGCAUGGUCCUUGUGGACAAUUGAACAAAGAUAAUGUUUGCAUGAAAAAUGGAACGUGCAGAAAUCAUUAUCCCAAGGAUUUCAGUGAAUACACUAUCCAUACAGAAGAUAGCUAUCCGCAUUAUAGAAGGAGGAGAAAUGGUCGAGUUGUAAGAGUACGGAAUAAAACACUUGGCAACCGUUGGGUUGUUCCGUACAAUCCUUACCUUCUUGCAUUAUUUGACUGCCAUAUGAAUGUUGAGAUUUGUUCAACGGUCAGGUUAGUCAAAUAUUUAUACAAAUACGUCUACAAGGGGCACGACCGUAUUAGCUUUCAUAUAAAUACUGGUUCUGCUGCUGAAAACAUCGAUGAAAUCAAUGACUUCCAAUCCGGACGAUGGGUCGCAGCUGCAGAGGCCUUUUGGCGCAUAUAUAGGUUUUCUUUAAAUGAAAUGACUCCUUCUGUUUACGCUCUUCAGGUACAUCUUCCAGGCCACCAGAUGAUUUCAUUUCAUAAACAUUCUGACCUUGCUGAUGUUGUGAACCGUGCUGAUUUUAGCAAGACAAUGCUUACACAAUUUUUUCACAUGAAUAAGACCGAUAAAAUAGCUCAAAACCUCAAUUGCCUUUACCGUGACUUUCCUGAGUUUUUUGUCUGGACUCCCAAAACAAGAAACUGGACUCCCAGGAAGCGGAGGUCGGUCAUUGGCAGAUUGGUAACUGUUAGCCCAACUGAGGGAGAACGUUAUUAUCUUCGAUUACUUCUAUCUCAUGUUCAUGCUCCAACGUCAUUUGAGGAUCUACUCACUGUCAAUGGUAAGCUUGCUCUAUCAUAUAGAGAGGCUGCCUUCGAAAUGGGUUUGCUCCAAUCUGAUACGUACUUAGAGGAUGCUCUUACGGAUGCAGCAACAUUUCAAAUGCCAUUCUCGCUCAGAACUCUGUUUGCAGUUCUCUUAGUCUAUUGCUCCCCCAGCAAUCCAAGGCUUCUUUGGGAAAGAUUCGAGGGUGAGCUUUCCCAGGAUUUAAAAAGGAACUCUCAUUUGACUGAUUGCGAUUCUGAUCAAAUAAGAAUGCGUACUCUCCAAGAGAUAAACAGAAUCUUAGAACAGAUGGGAAGGAAUGUGAGUGACUACCAUCUUGUUCCUGAAGGAUUUUCUCUUGUAUGUGAUGAUCGGCUCACAAAGGAGAUAGAGAGUGAGAGAAACAUUCCAUUCACGGAAGAAGACUUGCUCUUAUCUUCGAAAUUGAACGAAGCCCAGAAACAUGCUUACGAUGUUAUUCUAACUGAGGUUUAUUCUUCUGGGAGUAAGAGCUUUUUUGUUGAUGGUCCUGGGGGGACUGGCAAAACGUUUUUAUAUCGUUCACUUCUUGCAACGCUUAGAUCUCAGGGCUAUAUUGCGAUAGCAGUUGCAUCGUCCGGCGUUGCUGCUUCUAUUCUUCCUGGAGGAAGGACUGCUCAUUCAAGAUUCAAGAUUCCGUUGGAUGUGUCAGCGAGCAGAACCUGCCAAAUCAGCAAGCAGAGCUCUAUAGCUAAGCUGAUUUCGCUAGCCAAACUAAUUCUCUGGGAUGAGGCUUCGAUGGCUAAAAAGGAUACUGUGGAAGCAUUUGAUCUAUUGCUGAAAGAUGUGAUGGAUUCUGAUAUGCCUUUUGGUGGUAAAAUAGUAGUUUUUGGUGGUGAUUUUCGUCAGACUCUACCUGUUAUACCAAAUGCAUCUAGGGACCAGCAGAUCGAAGCUAGCUUUGUUAAUUCUCUUUUAUGGAAUACUCUGACAAAGCUUUCUUUAUCAGAAAAUAUGCGAGCCCUUUUAGACCUUCCAUACUCAGAUUUCCUUCUUAGAGUUGGUGAAGGCCGUGAACCUGAAGAUCUUGAAGGGAAAAUAUCUUUAUGUGAGCAUUUAUUAAUUCGGUACAAUAACAAGAAUGAAUCACUGAACAGGUUAGUGGAUUUUGUAUUCUCCGAUCUCUGCCUUUAUUCAUUAGAUCCAUACAGCAUGAUCAACAGAUGCGUUCUUACGCCAAAGAACUCCUGUGUCGAUGAUAUUAAUGAGAUGAUGAUUGAUCGAUUCCCUGGACAGGCCUAUGUUUAUAUGAGCACUGAUAGAACUCUAAAUGAAAGAGAUCAAGGGGACUACCAAGACUUUCUGAAUUCUUUAAAUCCCAAAGGUUUGCCUCCCCAUAAAUUAGUCCUGAAAGAAAACUGUCCUAUCAUUCUUCUAAGGAACUUAAAUCCUACAGAAGGAUUAUGUAAUGGGACAAGGCUCAUUUGCAGAAGCUUAAAACAGCAUGUGCUCUGUGCUGAGAUUGCAGUCGGUGAGCAUCGAGGCAAACAAAUUGUUUUGCCUAGAAUUCCACUGCAAACAUCUGAUGCUGAGAAGAUUGGAAUUCCUUUUAAACGUAUUCAGUUUCCAAUAAAGCUUUGCUUUGCCAUGACCAUCAAUAAGUCGCAAGGUCAAACAUUGGAUCGUGUAGGCAUCUAUCUCCGCGAGCCUGUUUUUUCGCAUGGCCAACUAUACGUUGCUUUAUCUCGCGCUAAGAUGGCAACUGCUGUUAAAGUUUUGAUAAUGCCACCAACUUUUCAUGAUACUGUCGUUGAGGUUAAAACCCGAAACGUUGUUUACCGGGAAAUUCUAGAAUUAGCUAAAAGAUGA